AUGUCAUCCAUCGAAAUCCCCGCAACCAAAUUAAGCUUCGACUCGAACUGUUACUUGGACAAUAUAGAAACCGUUCGACUCACCGGGUGUUGGAUCCAGGUGUCAGAACUCUUCAAAUCUAGAACCGACAAAGAGAAUUUUUGGCCGACUCUCACUAUAGUCUACAGUUCAGCCCCCGGAUGUAUUCCUGUAAAGGAAGCGAUUCUCAAAAAAAGAUGGGAACAAAUUGAGGAAGACACUCUCAAUUUCUCCGCUACCUAUCAAGCGCUCAAGGCAUCUGAGAACAACGGGAGAUCAGAUCAGGAGCUCAUCGCCGCAGCACAGGACAGCUUCGAAUCACGCCAUGGGCGAGAGUUCGCGUUCGAAUACGAAUGGCGAACUAUACUUCGCCGCGAAGCGCGAUGGAUCGAAGCCGGAACGACAGAGCGCGAUCUUGCCGCCAAGGCCAAUCGAGUCGACGGCCCCGGUGCAGUAGAGGCUGCGAGCGGCGACUCGUCGUUGGAGACUCCGCCGGAGGAAGAAGUUGCUCAUCAAGGGGCUCAGAAUAGCCAGGCUGGUGGGCCAGGUCAAAGCUACUACGACCUUCAAGACGAACAGGACUACGAGAACGACAUGUGCUACGCCGAAAACGAGCGGAAGAGACUCAUGUUGGACGCUGUCCGAUUGCAACUUGAACAGGACAAGGCCGACAACGAGCUGAUGGAGAAAGACCUCUCGCUCCUUCCCGACGUCCAGGCCCGGCAAUUCUUCCGGCUCAAAAAACAGAGCAUCCUUUCCCGUCUUCAGGCCGGGGCCCCCCAGGCUGGUUUUCCCUCGGGUUUGGAGCCGAAGCCACCCGCGGCGAGGGCCGCCGAUCGCCGGUCCCGUGUAGCUAGCCGGGCCCCGAUUAACGCCGCGGGCGCCGAGCCCAAUGCUCUCGCGGGGAUGGACAAACCAGGGUAUACGGCGUGGGCCAACGCUUGCCAGUCCCUCGCAGCCAGCCUUGCGGCGAUGCAGGCCUCGACCGCCGCGCCUCUUUCGGCCUCGGCUUUGGGCCCCCAAGCAGCGGCGGCGAGGGCCGCCGCCCCCCAGUCACUUCCAGCCAGCCUUUCAGGAAUGCAGGCGGGGCCCGGCGCGCCCGGUUCUGCCGCGGGCUUGGACCGCACAUCCGCGCCGCCGAGGCCCUCCGCCGGCCAGUCACUUUGGGCUGCCUUCGCUGAGCGUCAGGCCCUCGCCUGCAAGCCCAAUCCUCCCCCGGGUUCGGGCCCCAAAUCCGCGACGGCAGAGGCCGCCUCUCCCCAGCCCCUUAGAGACACCCUGGCUGAGCUCCAGGCCCUGGCCGCCCAUCCCCUUCUUGCCCCGCCUUCGGACCGCGAAUCAGCUAGGGCCACUAGGGCUCCCGCGGCCCAGUCAGCAUCAGCCAGCCUUCCCAGCAUCCAGGCUACCGCCAGCACGCUCGCUUCUCCCGCGCUUUCCGGGCCCAAGUCAGCUUUCUCGGGCCCCCUCUCCCUCGAAGAAAUCUCAGCUGCCGUUUCUGAUCUUCAGGACCAAAUCGAACUCAGCCAGGCUAGUUUUUCCUCGGCUCUGGGCUCCAAUUCAGCUUCGCCAUACUCCCUCUCUCUCGAGCAAACGUCAGCGAUGGCUUCGGAUCUCAAUGCUCAAAACGUCACGCGUGGCUCCUCCUCGGAUUUGCGCCCCAAAUCAGCUACGCCGAGCUCCUCGUGCGAGCAACAGUAG